AUGGGGCCACCACGGCACACCGUGCAGGCCGUCGGCCAAGCAUUUAUCAUCGAUGCGGAAUAUGAGUACAUCAAAGAUCUCGGCCAAGGCGCUUACGGAUGCGUAUUGGCAGCAAAGCACAGGAGAUCUGGCGACGGGUGUGCCAUAAAGAAGAUCACCAACAUUAACACCAAGAAAAUCUUGACCAAACGAUGCCUGCGCGAAAUCAAACUCUUGCACCACUUCCGUGGCCAUAAGAAUAUAACAUGUUUGUACGACAUGGACAUCAUCUUCGAUGCACAGGGGAAUUUUCACGAAGUUUACUGUUAUGAAGAAUUGAUGGAGGCCGAUCUUCAUGCAAUUAUCCGAUCAGGGCAACCUUUGUCCGACGCCCACUUCCAGAGUUUCAUUUACCAAACACUGUGUGGACUUAAAUACAUUCAUUCGGCUAACGUUCUCCACCGCGAUCUUAAACCGGGGAAUUUGCUUGUAAAUGCUGAUUGCGAGCUCAAAAUCUGCGAUUUUGGUCUUGCACGAGGUCUCAAAGCCCCGCCCCAAGGCGAUCCUCACAAGGGAGGGUUCAUGACUGAAUACGUGGCUACUCGAUGGUAUCGUGCCCCUGAGAUCAUGUUGAGCUUCGCCAAUUAUUCAUCCUCAAUCGACACAUGGUCUAUUGGAUGCAUUCUUGCUGAACUCCUUGGUGGUAAACCAAUCUUCAAAGGACGCGAUUAUGUGGAUCAGCUUAAUCAGAUCCUUCACUAUCUCGGGACCCCAAGCGAAGACACUCUUCGUCGUGUUGGGUCUCCCAGAGCUCAAGACUAUAUUCGCUCACUGCCGAUCCGGCCGCGCAUCCCGUUCUCCAAUCUCUAUCCGCAUGCUAACCCCCAAGCCAUUGAUCUAUUAACACGUAUGUUGUGCUUCGAUCCUGCAAAGCGGAUUACUUGUGAAGAGGCACUUUCCCACCCAUAUCUUGCUGUCUGGCACGAUCCCAACGACGAACCCCUCUGCCAUUCUGUUUUCGACUUUGGCUUCGAGGAAGAGGACACGAUCGAUGGCAUGAAACGCCUCAUAGUGGACGAAGUCAAUACAUUCCGCACCCUAGUGCGCAAUCAGGCACGUCAGGCCCAGCCAAGACGCCAAGACACCCUCCCUAUUCCUACGAGGGAAGAAAUUAUUAACUCUCCCAUCGUUGGGAACGAUGGCGCCACAUCUUCGUUCACCUUUGGACCAGACGCUCAGAAAGGCCAGGAGGGACACUUUAUCGUGGAUGAACCCAGCGCGGACUUUGAGCGCGAACUUCAACAAACUCAUCAUCAUGAUGUGGUGACUAAUGUAGGGAAAUGA